GAUUCAGUAAUUUUCUAAAUUUAUGUAACCUUUUUUAAUAAUAUUUAUAUGUAUCAAAUCAAGAGAAUCAAAAAUCAAACAAUAAGAAUUUGUUUUGUCUAUUUUUCUUUUUUGACGGACAUUUGAAACUUAACGUACAUAAUGACGGAGAAAGAAGGAAAUGAAUAUGUUAUAACUGAAAUUAUUGGUAAAUCUGAAAAAAUGGGAGAAAAUUUAACAAACGAAGAUGCAUCUGCCAGUUUUGAAACAAUUCAUUCAGAAACACCAUUAGUUCGAAAUGGAGUUCAAAUUACUUCUAAGGACAAAGCAAAAAUUGAUAUUUUGUUAAAAGCAACUGGAAAUGCACCAAUAAUGAAACAAAAAAAGUGGUCUGUCAGUCAAGAUUAUUGUAUUGGUCGUAUUUCUGAUUUUAUUAGAAGAUAUCUUAAAUUAGAUUCAAAUGAAAAAUUGUUUCUAUAUGUAAAUCAAACAUUUGCUCCUGCACCAGAUCAAGCACUGAAAAAUUUAUACGAUUGUUAUGGUGCAGAUGGAAAAUUAAUACUACAUUAUUGUAAAAGCCAAGCUUGGGGUUAAAAUUAUGCUUAUAUAAUAAUUUUAUGAAUUAUUAUAUAAAUACAUUAUAUAUAUAUUAUAUAUGUUUAAGAUUAAAAAAUUUUAUUAUUGUAUAAACAUUAUUUGAUAAGUAUUUAAUGAAUU